GUCUCACUUCAGAGCGACCGCCCCGAUUCUCCUUUGCUUGAUGAAUUAUUACCUUGUGAUCAGUCCGGCUUGCACAUGAACAAAGGGGGUUUGAUGGAUGUUGGAGAAAACCUGGAGAGCUCCUUGUUCCUGUUAGACGAGAGCAGGUGGAGUGAGGGCGCCACAGUCAGAAACAGGGUAUUUUUUGGCGUUUUUAAACAUGACAACUCCAAUCACUGCUCUCUUUAAAGCCUGUUACAGGUGCUGAACGCAACCUGAGAAGCAGAUGGAAGUGAUUUGUCUUCUCUGAAAAAUUUACUUGUGGGCUAAUAAACCCUGAUCAGUUGGUAAUUUUAAUCUGCCCCUCACUGUAGCCAGUUAUUCUGAUCACCCCCUUAUAGCACACCCCACCAACUGAGUCUGGACCAGACCAUACCAACUCCAGCAUGAUGAGAGGGGGCUCUGCUGCUGCAUCAAGGCAGCUCUUGUAACAUGAUCCUCUCUACCCGAUCAAAUAAGCACUCAUUCCCUGAAAGUGACACUUCUAUCGAGGUAAAAACACCCCGCUUGGCUUCUUUUUUUUUUUCUUUUUUUUUUGCCUUUCAGCAUCAUCGUGUGUGGGGGUUUCUGAGCCGCGUUUCUCUCACUAUUGGGCCAGCCAGCAGAGCGUGCUGAACAAAGCCACGAGAAAGGAGAGGGAGAGAGAGAGUGAGGGGAGCUUCUGGGGAAGAAAUGUCUCUCACUGACUCUGUCGCCUCGACAACCGGGUAAGAAAAGGAGGGGAGGGAAGCACCAGAACAGGAGGAAAAGGACUUGGGCGCAUUGAAGGAGAAUAAGAGCUGGGUGUUUAAAUCAGGAGAUUCCAGCCGAGUGAGGGAGGAAAGUGGAUUUAUUUUUAUAUCGGCGCAUGGAGCAGAUGAAGCUGCAGAGGUCAAGUUCAGCUUUAUAAAAGUGGACCAGGCAGGCCUGAACGCUCCACCUGUGAUUCCUGUGUGAUCAGCCUCAGAUAACGGAUAAUUCUACCUUCAGACCGCAGCCAAGGACAGAAAAUUAUACAGCAACUUGUAAAGGUGCAAGCAUGGAUGUGGAGGACGAGGCGCUGCUGUUUCGCACCAGCUGGGGUGGUGAUGAGGAGGAAGAGGAGGAGGAGGACGACGGGGUGGCGCACGCUGCGGGGCAUGGCUGCUUCUCGGGGACUGUAGGGGUUUGUGGGCUGUGGAGGGGAGUGGGGUGGGUCUACACACAACCCUGGGCCAGCGGGGUGGUCUUAGGGGUGGCCUUCCUCAUGCCCUGCACCCUGUUUGCCUACAUGCUGCUCUACUGCCCUCCUCUGGACAUAGACCUCUCCUACAGUGCCUUUGAGGUUCACAGUCACUUCUCAGCUGAACGCUUUGAUGCUCUCACCAUCGCUGUGAAGUCUCAGCUGGGGUCCUGGGACAGGCGCAGGCGGGACGUCGAUGACAUGGAGUCUGAGGAACUCAAGGAGCUUGUCCUGGAGAAGCUGGCGGAGAGGGGAGUUUUCAACUGGACAGAGAGGAAGAAAGUGAAGUCCUCCUUUCAAACAGGUAGCACUUUAAAAACAGAAGAAGCCAGAGAAACAAGAACUGAGGCUGACUCAAGUCAGGAGGGGGUGAGGAGGGACAAGAGUCCUGGAGGUGAAGAGGAGCAGGGAUUAUGGGACGGAAACUCCUCCCUUCCACUCAUUAGGAAGCGCAGAUUUGCUCCUAAUUACUACAUGCAGAGCCAGGCUCUGUGGAGGAUCGAGCUGGUGUUUGUGGCUCAGGGGAAAGGGGAGCACAACAUCUUCACUCCGGAGCGCCUGGAGACGAUCCACCAUGUAGAACGUCUCCUCAUGCAGCAUUCGCAGUUUCAUCAGUUCUGCUGGAAACCUAUGGAGAUUUUAAGGGAUCUGCCUCUGGGGCCGUCCUAUUGCUCCCCACCCAGCUCUCUUCUGUCUUACCUCUACCCCAGUGAGAGAGCGGGGAAGAUAUACUACGAUGGCAUGGGCCCAGAUCUGGCUGAUAUUCAAGGUUCCUUAAGUCUGGCCAUCACCCACCCACAGUUCUACUGGUACGUGGAUGAAAGUCUGUCCCCCGAGCGUCUCUCCUCGGCUCUCCUGCGCAGUGAGAUCCACUUUGGGGCUCCCCUGCCGUCUUACUACUCCCUGCAGGACCGAGGAGACGAGCAGAGAGCUCGCUUCAAAAACUUUGUGGUUCAGUAUGCAGGCAUGCUGGCCAAGCAGUCUACCAGUGAAGUGAAGGUGCUGUAUGGAGGGACGGAGCUGUUUGAUGAUGAAGUCAGACACACCUUUUACAAUGAUAUGAUGUUGGCUGUCAUCAGCGGAGUCUGCAUCACUGUGCUUGUCUAUAUCCUCACCUCGUUUUCUGUCUUUCUGACGUUCUUUGGACUCGCCGCCAUUGGGCUGAGCUGCUUGAUGGCUCUGUUUUUAUACCACGUUGUCUUCGGGGUGAGGUACCUAGGCAUUCUCAAUGGAGUCGCAGCAUUUGUUAUCAUUGGGAUUGGGGUGGAUGAUGUGUUUGUGUUCAUCAGCACCUUCAGACAGGCCUCCCAUCUCCGUCGGCCCCGGGAGCGAAUGAUCUACACAAUAAAGACGGCCGGCCGGGCGACGUUCCUCACCUCCUUCACGACCGCGGCCGCCUACGCCGCGAACACCUUCUCUCAGAUCCCAGCCGUGCAUGACUUUGGCCUAUUCAUGGCCCUCAUUGUCAGCUGCGCCUGGCUUUGGGUGUCUGUCCUGAUGCCAGCAGCCCUGUGUAUCUGGACCCGGCAUGUGGAGCCUCACGAACACGACUGGAUGAACUGCGUGAAGCUGCUUUUGGGCUUGUCAGCGAGCUACAGCCCUCUGUCAGAUGAGGAUGAUGAUGUGGCACUUCUGUCGGUGGACAUGGAGCCAGGCUCCUGUGACACAGACAGCGACGGAGCCAUUCUUUCCCUGACAGUGGAUACACCAUUAUCCCCCUCAGGACAGCAUCAGAUGGGUGUGGUGAGCACAAACCUCCAGUGGUGCCUGAAGCACUUAGUGGCUGAGCCGGCUGUGAAGCAUCGAAAAGCAGUUUUAGGUGUCUUUCUCCUGGUUCUGGUCUUCUCUGCGGGCUGCUGCUGCCUCCUGAGGCCGGCCACCCACGCCCCCCUCCUAUUCCGACAGGAAACAAACCUUCAGACGCUGCUGGCUCUGCGCAGCAACCUGAGUGGUCAGGGCAUCUCCUGCCCCACCUGCUCAGGGGUGUUCAUGGAAAAACCACAUCUGCUGUACACGCAUACUUCCUCGUCAGGGUUGAGGUUUUCCACGCAUCAGCAAAGUCAAAGCACGACAGCUUCGACUGUCUCCCAGACAUCCAUGAAAACAAGCCCAAGCACCAACAACACAGUGUCAGACUCCUUGCUGACUGUGUACGUGUCGAAGCUGGCCCAAGGAGGUUCCACAACAAUCUACAGGUUCUCGCUCAACACCAGCAUCCCGUCGCCGUGGAAAGUGUGCAGCACGGAGCGUGACGAGGUGUCGUCGUUCCAGGCUUUUAGUCGUCCCCAGAGAAAUUACACCAGCAGAAUGACGGUGUGCGUUUCCCGAGAGUAUCGCCCCUACCCCAGCUGGAUGAUCACGUCCGGCUUGUGCGAUCCCCGCCACGGCUGGACCCAAGAGUUUUCCUUCUAUGUUGCAGCGUCCCCGCAGCAGAAUAGCAGGAGGCUGUAUUUUGCUCAGUGCCAUCAGAGACCUCAUCCCAGCAGGCUGUGUGUCAAAACACCUGGUUGUGGCUUCAGUUCUGGGCCUGACGGACCUUUAAAAGGAUCUUUUUAUAUCCCCCUCCCCAUCGAUUCCUCAUCCGCUGCCAAGACAAAGGCAUCGAAGACGUCUGGCUUUAACCCGUGCAGCGGCGGCGCUUGUGGUCGCCCAGCUGUGCGUCCCCUGGUUGACACCGGGGCCAUGGUUUUCGUCGUGUUCGGGAUACUGGGAGUCAAUCGAAGCGAGAACAGGGAAAACCAUGUAAUUGGAGACAUGGGCAGCGUUAUCCUGGAUCCAGACUUUGAUAUUUUCAAGGAAAUGGGCCAUCUCUGCACAAUCUGCAAAGCUGUCGGUGCAAACAGAAAACUCGUGAAGCCGGGAGGAGCUCAGUGUUUGCCUUCAGGCAACAAGCUCUCCUCAGUUCUUCCUCUGCUCCAUCCUGAGUGCCACUCCCUCCCCGAACCCAAUCUCCUCCCGGGCCAGCUCUCCCACGGCGCAGUGGGAAUGCACGGCGGCAAGAUCCGCUGGUUGUCCAUGGCCUUUGAAUCUACCACAUACAAGGGGAAAUCGUCCUUUCAGACCUACUCAGACUUCCUCCAGUGGGAGAACUUCAUCCAGGAGCAGCUUGCCAGCCUCCCACAGACUUCGGCUCUCCAACGUGGUUUCCAGACAUGUGAGCACUGGAAGCAGAUCUUUAUGGAAAUUAUAGGUGUGGAGAGUGCCCUCUGGAGUCUCCUGCUCUCUCUAGCGAUCUGUGUGGCCGCCGUGUCUGUGUUUACAGCGCAUCCUCUGCUGCUGCUGCCGGUGCUCAUAACAAUUAUAGGAGUGAUCUGUCUGGUUGUGGCUGUCAUGUAUUGGCUGGGUUGGGAGAUGGGAGCAGUGGAAGCGAUUUCUCUGUCAAUACUUGUCGGAUCUUCAGUGGAUUACUGUCUGCACCUGGUGGAGGGGUACCUGCUGGCUGGCGAGACGGCUUCCCUACUGCCUGGACACAACUCUGAGCCUUCAGCCGAGAGGCAGAGGCGAACUUUGGAGGCAGUGAACCAUGUGGGCGUUGCCAUAGUGUCCAGCGCCGUCACCACAGCAAUCUCCACCGUCCCUCUUUUCUUCUGCGUCAUUGUGCCUUUCGCCAAGUUCGGUCAGAUUGUGGCCAUCAACACGGCCGUCUCCAUUUUCUUCACCUUGUCUGUGACUUCUGCCUUGCUGGCCUGCAUGGCCCCGGCCCACUUCAGCAGACACCCCGGCGCUGUGCUGAAGGCCAGCCUGGCUGUGACGGCAGCAGCGGCCUUGGUGGGGGCUCUGUGCUGGACGGGCCAGCAGCUGGGGGCAUCGGCCUGGCGGUCCCUCAGCACAUGAACACACUGUUGUCCUCGACUCACACUGAUGUCAGACAAGAGUAAUGUAUUUUCCUUUACCUUCAGGAGAAAUAUCAGAUCAGUAAGUGAUCUUUAAAGCACAAAGAUGUCAACACUGUCUCAGUAAUUGAAAACUAUUUGUUUUCUAAGAACAGAUUUAUUUUACUUGUAAUAGUCAGUGAGUUUGACAUACAGGGGAACAAUCCUUCACCUGCUGAGUAUCUUCUUGUGACUAUGUGACUCAGUUCUGUUCUGCCUGUGAGUUGACAUGAUAACUAGGUUAAGGUAUUGUGCUUUUUUUAUUUUCACAACCACAUACUUCAGUGUAACUUAGUGGCAUUUUAUAUGACUGACCGACACAAAGUCGCACAUAAUUGUGCUGUGGAAGAAAAACUAUACAUGCUUUGCAAAUCUAAACCUGGUUAUGUCUCCUUCAGGUUAGAUGGAGAAGUAAAACUAAAAUAAUCUGAAUCUUUUUAGUUUGUGCAGCUAAUAAGAAUCCUCUCAGCAUAUUCUCCCACCUGAGCUGUAGACCUCAGCAGCAGAGUUACCACAGGCCUCUCAGCUGCUUCGCCCAUUGUUGGUCCUCUGACUGGACCUGUUGGUUUGCAGUAAAGACAUACUCUUAAUUUUUAUGCAAGAUGUUAAAAUAUAUGUAGAUAUGUUACUUCUUUUAAAAUUACACACCAGUGAACUCUUAGUAAUUUGGAUGCUCUAUAUUCUACUUAGAGGUGUUAAACAAAAUUAGGCUGACCCCCCUUUGUAGGCCACACUGUUCAGGUUUGCAUUCAUAAAAAUAUUGAAAAACCACUUCAAAACCAUGUUCUGCUUUGUAUUGAUCUAUUAUAUAAAAUCCCACUAAAACACACUGGAGUGGUUUGUGUUUGUAACAAAGUGCAGGGAAGUUUAAGAGGUUGGAUUAUGUUUGCAAGACACAAUGUUUCGUUCCGUUUUGUCUUCAGCUUUGAGUAAUUCCUGGAAAAUGUUCUUGCUUUACGUUGUUGAGUCGUAAAGAGUUGCCGAUGGGUUUAAUAACACAGCGUCUGACUGUGGUGUUGGCGGUUUACAUUACUUUAUGGUCUUCUGUGAAACUUCCUGAUUUUUGUUUAAUGCCGCGUCUUCUCUGAAAGCUUUUACUAUGUCCAUCUGCAGCUGGACACACAGAUGUAUUAACAGAAUUUAUACUGUUUGGUAAAACGUGUUGUGUGAUGUAAAUGUUGUUCUGAACUGAACCUUUGGAAGCUGCCAGCACACAUGUGCUUGUGAAUACUGUUGCGUUAUUUUUAUGUGAUCAGAUCUUUAACUGCUUUAAGGUUUUUGUAACAACAACAACAACAAAAAAAACAACAAAUGGAAAGAAUCCUCUCUUCCCGUCCUCAGGUGUACACUCCAUCACAUUUUAAAAGCACUCGGUGUAAAAGUCUCCUGUCCUCGCAGCAAAGAGCACCACUUGAACACCAAUCAGCUGCAGCAACGCGCUGCCCUACAGUGAAGGUGAGGACCAUUUGUCAAACCAUAUAACACGAUAAUGGCUAGGGAGAGGAACCCACUCAGUCAUGGCAAGAGUGGUACGUUUCUGGGAUUUUUUUUGUGUGUGUGUGUUACACUUGUGAAUGUCAAAUAAAGCAGGUGCAGAAAGCCA